CGAGUCAAAGCGUUCAGAAGAUCGGAAACGAUUGACAAGAGCAGUCGACAUUUUUGCAUUAGGGUGCUUGAUGUAUUACGAAUGGCGAUCAUCCUUUUGGCUUACGCUUUGAGAGGAAGGUGAACAUCUUGCGACGAUAGAUUGACCUUCAACGUUUGGAUGGAUUGGGAGAAGAGGGACAUGAAGCUCAACAUUUGAUCUGUGCAAUGACCAAAUAUGAGCCUGAGCAAAGGCCAGAUGCAUUGAAGAUUUUGUCGCAUCCAUACUUUUGGGAUUCUCAUCGUAGAUUAUCCUUCUUGCAGGACGCAAGUGAUCGAUUUGAUAUUAUGGAGCGUGAUCCUCCAGUCGCUUCCCUCGUCCUCGUGGCACUGGAGGCGAACGCAGUGGACAUUGUUGGAAAUGAUUGGCAUCGUCGAUUGGAUCGACAAGUGAUGGAAGACUUGAACAAGAGAAGGAAGUAUGACCCAAAAAGUAUUGCCACUCUCUUACGUGCAAUUCGAAACAAGAAACAUCACACACACGACUUGCCCCAUAACGUGAAGAGACUCUUCACAAUCGCAGGCGGUGGGACAGUGAUGACUAGCACAGAAAGUGGUUAUGCAAACUGCGGAAUCGGGAAUUCUGGCGCCAACGUCACGUCACAUCAAGUGUAAUUGCUGCCGGA